CCUUCUCGAUUCUUUUCUCAUCUCUAUUUCUUGAUUCUUUGUGGAUUGUUGCUUGGGUCAAUAUCAUUCGGUAUCAGAGCUUCGAUCCUUUGAUCUAUGGCAAUGGUGAGUAACACUAGAUCUCAAGAACAAGCGAAAUUCAAAGCUGAGAUCAGGGGAUUGAUCUCAAACACCCAGAGGGAUUUUCUUGAAUUGCAGCGACAUACUGAGGAGCAAUUCAAGAAGAAUGACGAGCAUUACGGAGAUCAUAUGAAAAUGGCAAUAAAUCCAUGGGUGCAAGAACAGAUACAAAAGGAAUGUGAGUUCGAUGAAGUAGAAGAGAAUUUCUUGAGGAUUUUGAGUUGGAAUGACCUUGUUUCUCACCAAGAAACCACUAAGGUAAGCACAAAUUGUGACCUUCCGUUAAAUGCUGAAUUUAAAGAUUUGAGUGAAGAAAAUUUUAGCAUUCCGAAUAAUAAUGAGUAUGGGAAUGAGUUUAGAGGUGGGAUAAGUAAUGAGAAAGUUCAGAAAGUGUGUAAUGAAGUUAAUUUAGUUGAUGAGCAAAUGACUUCAAGGCUGUGCAUAGACACUAUUGAAUUGGGGGUCGAAAAGUUUUGCUUCUUAGGUUUUGAUGUCCAUGAGGCAGCACUUGAAGGUGAGCAAAUAGAAGUGCAAAGCAAGAAAGUGGAAAAGAGUGGUCUAUAAGCUGAAUUGGUGAACGGAUGCAUUCACUGGAAUUUCAAGAAGAGAAAAAGGAAAAUGAUUUACAAGGUACUUGUAGUGGUUGUUAAUUGGAAAAGAAUGUGUGAUGAUACUCAAAAGCAAAAUCUGUGUUUGUUGUGAAUUCUCUAAGAAAAAUUCCAAUAAAUG